AUGGCCAGAGGACAGCCUCGUUCGACACCGCCGCAAACCAACCCACCCCCCGCCGAUGUCGACAUGACGGACGUUCCGAACCCCGCUAGCCAGGGUGAGGACGUCCGCCCGGUAGACCGUACACCGACCAGUAACCCCUCGUCGACUUUGCCGCUGCUUUACGAUCUCGACGCCCUGGCCCAAAUCCCGCAGGGAGAGUUCACCAAGGACGUUCCGCCCGCGCCGAUAGGGGAGUUCACGAAACCACGCAAAACGUCGACGCCGACGGAUGCAGGGGAGGCCGGGCCGUCGUCUGUGCCGGACGGAUCGGGCGACCAGGAUGAGGACGAUUAUUCAUCGGCGAGCGACGAGGACGACGAAGACGACCCGCGGCCCCGACGUGGUGCAGGUUCGCGCACGUUGGAAGAAAAACUCAGGGGGGAACGUGCGUUCAUAGAGGAACUGUUGGACGAGAACGAGCUUGAGGAUCUGCUGCACACGUCGGUCCCUCGAGAAAUGUGGAAGGCGGCCGACUUCGUAGAGGAAGAUAUGGUGUACGCGUGCGUCGACGUGCUCGUGAUGGAGGCAAUGCGCCACCUGAAAACCAUAGAGGCCAAGAGCACGCUCAAGUCCUACACCUCAUGGAUAUACGACUACAAAAGGUGGACGGCGAAGAUGCUUAAAAAAAUUGGCGACAAGCUGCCGACAGCAGAACAAAUGAGGCACGUCGACGAGAUAGGGCACUGGACACACAACAACAAGAGCAAGGAUUGGGACAACGAGAAGGUGGUCAAACGGAAGCACAUAUGGCUGCACGGCCCUCGGGUCACUAGUACGCGACUGCGCGCCUACAUCAAGUUCAUGAGGCGGGAGUACAAGAUCGACGCCGACACGAACGAGCCAGUGCGAGCCUACACGGUGCACAUGAUCCUCGGCCGCAUCAAGGCCUGCCAGAUGGCGGCAAGGGUGGAGGCGACGCUCUACAAGGAGGAGUUGGGCAUCAUGCGGGAAAUCUCGGUGGUCCGGUCGGAGGUGCUCACGCUGCUCUCCCACCACAGCCUCAUGCGCGGUGCAAGCAUACGCGAGAUAACGCUCCCCGACAUCUUCCUAUACCGACUGGCGAGCACCUCGUCGGUGAACCCGGAUAACCAGCCGGUCGUCAUGGUGGUCGCCGCGCGGAACUCGAAGACGUCGAAGGAUGCGCGUCUUCAACAGAGCUACGCGGCGCGGCACCUAGAAGCGGAGUUGUGCACCGUCGGCAAGACCGGGCUGUGGUUACACUUCGUCCUCGACCAGAUCGGCCAGUUUCACGGCGUCGACCUCAUUCUGCCGGUCGACACCAGCACACGCGAGCUCUGGUACAAGAAGCACCUGUUCUUCGCCCGCAACAACCCCGAGCAGGGCGAACUCUCAGCUCCCAGCCACCAGCGAUGGACGAGGCAGAUGUGGAAGACGAACGAGGUGUUCUGCAAGCGGAACGUCCAUGCCGCUCGGGCGGGCGGGGCGCAGGAGUUGGCCAUCCAAGGUACGCCUCGCGCCGAGAUAGCCGAGCUGGGUCACUGGGCUCUCGACAAGAUGACUCGAGCCUACAUCACAUCCAUUCCCGUCGGCGUGGUGAUGAAGAAGGCCGGCUAUUCGGGAUUCACGCAGGACUACUUCUUGGGUCGCAGUAGGGUGGAACCGGGAGACGAACUCCUCGCUCUCAUCGCCGAGCACAUCUUCCCCGGCGUCGACGACCUCCUCAACAAGGCAGAAGAACUCGCGAAGAAGGGGUCCAACGCCGACGUUGCGGCCGUGCAUUUCUGGCGCACCCUUCUGAUGUUCCGCCGCAUUGUCGCCGAGGACCUCGCGGUGAAACUCGUCCGCACCCCUUGGCACCCGUACAUCCAGUAUUCCAAGCUCUGUCGGAUUCCCCUCUUCCAGCACUGGGCGAAGAGGGUCGAGAAGACCGACACCGACACCAUAAAAAAGCGGCAAGAUCCAACCCUCAUCCAGCCAGAGGAGAUAUCGGUCCGCCAUGACGCCCAGUUCGCGGUCGUCUCCCUCACGGAGACGCUUAAGCUCGAGAGGGAGCGGUCAACGGUCCAGAAGCUCGACCUCGAGGAGAAGAUCGAGAAUCGCGACGCAACCAUCGCGUCGCUCGCGGCCGAGAUAACACGCCUCACCGAGGCUCUCCGCGUUUCAAAAGCUCGAAGGAUGCCGGAGGCGCCGCCAGCUGCUAACGACCAGUCGCCGAGCGACGGUGGCUCCGCGGAGUCGGCAAGCAGGGGUGGAGGAGCCAACAAACCCAAUAAACCCCCACAGACGGUCGAGGAGGCUAGCUACGAGCUGAACGUAGUGCAGCCUUGGCGGACUACAACGACCGUCAAGGACGCGUGGCGCCUCUGGACCUCGUGCACCAGCGCCGACACCCGUCGUCUGUGCGACAGGUUCAGGGAGCCGGGAUUCGUCGACCGCCACACCCUCCUCGACGGAGCCUCGCAGGGAGCACACGGGAAGAGGGUGCGCCGCAUGAUGAAGGUCAUCGAUGCGGUGCGCCAGCUUCGCAGGAGCGACGGCGAAGCCGACACGGAAGCCACCGUCGACGCGCUUAACAAGAUAGCGGCGCCUGGCAUUGGGACCUUCGCGGAUGCCCUCAUGGUGCUCAACGCGGACGCCGUAGCGACCUAUGCUGGGCAGGGUAAGGGCGUCAAAGGGCUCAGCAAGACGGAAUUUUCCAAGCUUCGUGUCACCUGUGCGUUCGUGGCGCGCGGGUUAAAGCCCGAAACGUGGGUCGCCGACCUGUUCCCGGACACCUGGGUUGAGCAGAUGAAGAAGACGUUGGCCGAUCUGGUCCGCGAAAAUGACGCCGGGCAGCUGCCUCCGACCAAUAAGUCGACCAAGCGCAAGAAAACCGCUUGA